UGUUGGCAGCGCUUUCUCUGAUUUCAUGCCUCUGCCACCUCUAUAUGGCCUUGGCAUCCCCUCAAUACCUUUAUAAUUAUGAAGAAAAUUACCACCACUUCCUAGCAUCUCCAAAUGGCUUCAAUGAUGAAAGUCAGUACUAUCUGAAUGGCGAUAUUGAAAAUGAAAAUAGUGGAUUUGCAUCGGUAUAUCCUCCAGAUGCCUAUAACUCUUAUAUUGGUGAAUACGAAGAGAAGGAUGAGGAUUAUGUGUCCAUAGCUGCUUCAGAGGUGGAUGAAUGGAAUGAUAGAAUGUUUUUCACGACUAUUAGCAAUAUUUAUCCCACCAAUGGCCCCUCUCCGGAUAUUCUAAUACCGGACAUAAUGGAAGUCAGUUCCAGACGCAAACGGAGUGGCAAAUAUGGUUUGAACUAUGAAAUACCUUUGAGUUGUAAGAGGGUCAAAUCCGGCACGGAGAAGCGGGUGACAAAGGGUUAAUGCAAAAUAUUUAAUAUUUGAGAGCAAAAAUCACAAACAAUUUAAUAAAAAUAGUAGUUUUUCCCUUCCAUUUGCAAGUCAAU